AUGGAUAAGGGAGGCAGCGAAAUCGAAUAUGACAGCGGAAUUGAAUAUGGAAGUCCUGAAGGGACAUUUAAAAGCCCAUUUACAUACGCCAAAUACAAUGACCUAGAUCGGAUGGGUUACGAAGAUCCAAAAAGGUUAAAGUAUUUUUUAAAUAGAUUCACUGCCUACAAAGGAUUAUGUUUGUUUAUCAAAGGACGAAAUUUGUCAUCAUUUCAGGUGGCACCAAUGAAUGUCGUCGAGCUGGCUAUCUAUGUGAUUAGUGUGUUGUUUGUCUUUGUCACACUUCCUUUCUCUCUACUGUUUGUUGUAAAGUUCAUGUCGACAUCGGAGCGUCUGGUGGUGUUUCGACUAGGACGAGCUCAAAAGACACACGGUCCCGGGGCAGCAUUUGUUCUGCCGUGCAUCGACACCACCUAUAAGAUCAGCACCAGCAUCACCGCAUUCAAUGUUCCUCCAUUGCAGGUGAUUACGAUCGAUCGUGGGCUAGUUGAAUUAGGAGCAACUGUUUUUCUACGGAUUCGCGAUCCUAUUGCGGCUGUCUGUUCAAUUCAGGAUCGAAAUUCAUCGACGAGGACAUUGGCGAACACAAUGUUGCAUCGAUAUAUCAGUAAAAAACAAAUCUGUGAAAUCGCCAACAAUCAGGAUCGACGGAUCCUCGCUGCUAAUCUCAAGGAUGAACUCGGCAGUGUCACGUGCACCUACGGAGUUGAAAUCACCGAUGUAGAGUUAUCGGACCCAAAAGUUAUAAAAGAAGGUGAGAACAUGGGUCUGCUAGCACUAACUGCGAUCGCGAAGUCGGACGCCGGACGGAAGCUGUGGGAAGUAAUCACUCCACACGUCGAAGAAUUCGCUCGUGAUGCGGCUGAAAACAACCCAAACGAAACAGCGGUCCAGAAUUCAGCUCAUGAAUCCGUUCCGAAGCGGUCUACUCUUAUCGAGCAGUCGGCCGUCGAUAUGGAACCAAAUGUAGAUUUGAAAAUGGACGUCGAUCAGCUUGUCACCAUUAUUAACAUGGCUAUUGACGAACAGUUAGCGAAAGCCGUCGGACGAAUCUUCCAAAUCAGCUGCUCUGGUGUUUCGCCAUUCUUCAUCGACUUGAAGCAUUUGCCAGGUGUUUGUGGAAAAGGCGUCCUUCGAAACGCAGAUGUUGUGUUGGAAAUGAACCAGCAGGUGUUUUUGAAGAUAAUCUCCGAAGAGUUGUCACCUGUGAACGCAUACAUGCAAGGAUCACUGAAGCUGACCGGCCAGAUUCAGGACGCUCUUACAUUAAAAUACCUAGCCGAAAGAGUUAGGCACUUGCUGUAA